AUGGCAGAUCCAGAGAAGAACGGUGUGCCCAUGCCCACACACCCGACGAGGGUCGUCCACAACAACUCCAAUUCCGUGGGAACCAUUUUCUCAGACCACGGAAAGCUUGUGGACGACUACUCUGCUAAGGAACUUCGGAGUCGUCAUACUUCUGCCGCUUUAAGUGACCUUGAGGGUCAGAAGCCUGCCGAACCUCGACGGAAACGUUUUUCGCAUUUCAGAUAUAACGUCUUCACUGUCUAUAGACGGCUAUUUACGAUUACCAUAUGCGUGAAUCUGGCAUGCUUCAUCUAUGUGAUGGUCUCCAAUCGGCAGCUUGUGGCACUUGUGGAUGCAACCGCUGUGAACUUGGUAGCGUGCGGUCUCGCUCGGCACCCAAUGGUGAUCAACGGCAUUUACAGGGUCGUGUGUUCGCUGCCUAGGUCGGCGCCGCUGUGUAUGCGUCGUGUGGCAGCUAAAGCAGCCCACUACGGUGGUGUUCACAGUGGCUGUGGUGUUGCAUCAUUAAUCUGGUAUAUCGGAUUUGUUUCUAUGGUUUCUAAGAUAUACUGGACAUCAUCUCCUAUCAGUCCAUUGUCGGAUGUGAUGUUCACAGCUGCGCCAAUUGCCAUCGCCUACAUUAUCCUUUUCCUGUUGUUCGUGAUGGUGGUUGUGGCGUAUCCGACAUUCCGCAGAAAGAUGCACGACUACUUUGAGCUCACCCACCGCUUCACUUCAUGGACUAUUUUGGCCCUUUUCGUUGCCCUGCUCAUGCUAUUUGCCCGUGAGGUUAGUAGGGCACAGAAAGAGACCAUGGGGUACUUCCUCAUCACUUUGCCCGCAUUUUGGCUAUUGAUUGCUGCCAUUGUGGCUGUUGUCCACCCAUGGCUUCUACUGCGGAAGGUCCCCGUGGAACCCGAGCCUCUCUCUUCACAUGCUGUGCGAUUGUCGUUCAACCACACGCCGAUUAGUUUUGCGAAGGGUAUUCAAGUCACAAAGAAUCCCCUGCGCGACUGGCACAGUUUCGCUGGAUUCCCAGACCCUCUUCCAGAGCCUGUGGAGGAGCCUACACCGGAUCCAGCUGCAGAGCCCACUUCGGAGCCCGCUACUGGUCGCCAAUCGGCUCAAUUCAAAAAGGGCCACCGGAGGAGUUUCUCUAUCGUGGUAUCAAAGGCCGGAGACUGGACAGCCGAUACUAUCGAGAACCCACCCAAGGAGCUCUGGAAGCGCGGGUCACUGAUGCGUGGCGUUGGCUACGGUCUUCGUCUCUUCAACCGUAUUAUCAUUGUGACCACAGGAUCCGGCAUUGGACCUUGCCUUGGAUUCCUGGGCGAUGAGAACCGACCUGCCAUCAAGGUCAUCUGGCAGACACGUACGCCGGAGAAGACAUAUGGCCAAGAUGUGAUUGAUCUGGUUCACAAGAUGGGCCCCGAUCCUAUUAUUUGGGACACCUCUAUAAUGGGUCGUAUUGAUAUGAUCCCCAUGGUGCGCCAGCAAUACAAGGAGUUCAACGCGGAGGCAGUCUUCGUGAUUAGCAAUCCUUCGAUGACCCAAAAAAUCGUUUACGACUUCGAAUCUCAAGGGAUCCCAGCAUAUGGCCCGAUUUUCGAUUCAUGA